CAAGGAAGAGCAGAGAUCGAGGCUUUUCAUUGGUUGUAAAUCUCGCAAAUGCGGCUUUUUUAUCCUCUUCUAUUUUGAAAAAAAUAAAAUAAAACACAGUAGAGCUUUUUCUUUGUUUUGGAUUGGUUCGUGGGUUAAAUAGGAGGUUUUAGACACCGUCGUUUCCGUGAUUCAAACGUUUUAUUGCAGCGGCGGUACGCACACACAUUUCAGCACCCUGGACAACGCACGGCGUCGCGGAGGUGGUGCGUGGAUUCAACCGGUGGCUUCCAGCUGAGCAGCAGUGAGAAGAGGGUUUCACUUAGCGUCACAUAAAAAAAUAAAUAGAUAAAAACUGAUUGUACUCCACAUGUUGGAGAGUUUGCUUUCCCUCAGGAGCACUUGGAUUUUUUUUUUCACGCUUUCACAUAAAGAACUGUGGUGGACGACGUGCCUCUAGGUGAGUGGUUCACUCCAGAAACCGUGCUGACCAGCGAGGGAUAGGUGCCGUCGAGAGACAGUUCAUUUACAAGGAUGCUGGUGGGAAAUGCCUGGAGACAGAGAUGACGAGAUUUGUCAAAAAGCACUCGAACUCCUUUCAGAUCUUUGCUCGAAGGGGGAAGUGCAGAACGAAAACUGUCUGGAUUUCAUCUACUAUUUCCGAGACCUCGCCAGGCCACGAUAUUCUGAUUCAGAUAUAUCAGUGAGUCUACUAUCACUAGUGGUUACUGCCUGUGGCUUAGCCCUAUUUGGGGUCUCCCUCUUCGUCUCUUGGAAACUCUGCUGGAUACCAUGGAGGGAACGAGGGCUUUCACCCAUGACAAAGGAGGUCCAAGGGCACAUAAACCCCACCAUGAGCCCUCUGCCCUCACAGCCUGCACCCAAACAGCCAGUUUACACUGCCGUAGACCCGCCAUUGCACAACCGCCGUAAGUCAUCACAUUGUUCUGUUGCCAAAGAGUCUACCCCUGUUGCCUCUGUUGUGUCAGUGGAGGCGCCCAUGACUCCUGUGUCACCCCCACCUGUGGUGAUGGCCACACCAGAAGCAGCUAUGAAGAUAAGCUAUACAUCCCCUGACAUACCAUUGGAUGCUCAAAGUAAAACCCGGGAAAAUGGAGUUCACACUAAUCCUCGGAUGCAAAGGCAGACUACAGAGCCAGCACCUGGUGGUUGCUCAGUCUCUGAAAUGGGUCAAGGUUCCAUUCGCAGGCAUAUGAACCUCUCUAAUCCGGACUUCAAUGUGGCACAGUUCCAAAGACAGGAUUCCCUUACUGGAAUGGGUCUUGGACUUGGCCGUCUCAAACCCGAACUGUAUAAGCAGCGCUCACUUGAGGGGGAGGAAGCCAGUUGCAGAGGUGGGGGCUGUGGUCGCCUCCACUUUAUUCUUAAAUUUGACUGCGAUUUGGAACAAUUAAUAGUUAAAAUCCAUAAAGCAGAGGACCUCCCAGCCAAGGAUUUCUCUGGUUCCUCUGAUCCCUAUGUUAAGAUCUACUUGCUGCCAGAUCGGAAGACCAAACACCAGACAAAGGUGCAUCGCAAGACACUUAACCCUGUGUUUGAUGAGGUCUUCCUGUUCCCUGUGGCCUACUCUGAGCUUCCUACACGUAAGCUUCAUUUCAGCGUGUACGACUUCGACCGCUUUUCACGUCAUGACAUCAUUGGUCAAGUGGUGGUAGACAACUUCCUGGACCUGGCAGAUUUUCCCAGGGAGACAAAACUCUGCCGUGAGAUCCAGUAUGUAUCCUCGGAUAACGUUGACCUUGGGGAUUUGAUGUUCUCCCUCUGCUACCUGCCUACAGCAGGCAGAUUGACCAUCACCAUGAUACAGGCUCGUAAUCUUAAGGCCAUGGAUAUAACUGGUGCAUCUGAUCCAUAUGUGAAGGUUUCUCUGAUGUGUAAGGGUCAGAGACUGAAGAAGAGGAAGACAUCUACAAAGAGGAACACCUUAAAUCCAGUCUAUAACGAGGCCAUUGUGUUUGAUGUCCUUCCAGAAAACAUCGAGCAGAUCAGCCUUUUAAUAGCAGUGAUGGACUAUGAUCGUGUGGGCCAUAAUGAGGUCAUUGGUGUCUGUCGAGUUGGCAAUGAUGCAGACAGCCUCGGUCGAGAACACUGGAGUGAAAUGCUCACAUAUCCGCGGAAACCUGUCGCCCACUGGCAUCCUCUUGUUGAGUACCAGGGGACUACAAGUAGUAGCCAAGGAGGAUCUUGUAAUUCCCUAAAAGCGCCUCCUUCUCCGUAGCCUUCAG